AAUCAAAAAAUACCUUUUAUUCGAUCAAAAUGCACAAAUUUGAAGGUGGAGUUAUGGCUAGCAUUUAUGACCCAUCACAUGCAUGCCUUUAAUAUACCCCUUCACAAAAUUUAUAACCCCAGCACCAAGAAUUCCUCACCCUUCCAAACAAAAAAAAAAAAACCCUACUGCCAAUAACAGCACCAAUUAAAUACAUCAAAUUAAAAAAAAAAAAAAAAUUCUUGGAAAACUGUGUAUCUCAAGGGACGGAAGCUAAGCUAAAGCCUAAAGGGGGACAAUGAAGGGUUGGAAAAAUUUAGAGGUGGUUGAGACAAUCUAUGAAGAAGAAUAUGAGUUCUCUUCUUCCUCUUCUUCUCUCUCCCCAACUCCCUCUUCUCCGCCUACACCUCUCCAUUCUAAAGUGGAGGCAUGGUCACUGGCAGCAGGGAGGAAAGCAGAAGUUGUUAUAAGAGUUGGUGGAAAAUGCUUCCAUUUGCACAAGGAGCCUUUAACAUCAAGGAGCACCUAUCUAAAACGGCUACUAACGGAAUCCGUAACAGAGCUCACGCUCUCCCCGCCUUUAAACAUUUCGGCCGAAACGUUCACUUUGGUAGCUGAUUUUUGUUAUGGGACCCGCCUCGUUAUAACGCCGUUCAAUCUGGCAGCUCUUAGAACAGCAGCCGAGCUGUUAGAAAUGACGGAGGUUAACGGCGAUGGCGAUGAUAACUUGGUGCAAAUAACGGACCCUUACUUUCGCCAAGUCAUCGCCGUUAAUCGACAGCAUGCGUCCAUUGUUUUCCGCACGUGUCUGUCUCUGCUUCCAGAGGCAGAAACGGCAGCGUUUUUGUUGAGCAAGUGUGUUGAAGCAAUGAAUCUGACGGACGACGAUAACGGUGGCGAUGAAGAAGAUGAUGUGGAUGGAGUUGAUUGGUUCAAUAACGUCUUAACGGUGUGCCCAGAGGAUUUUCAUAUAGUUGCGGAGGCAAUGCAACGUCGUUUUACCAGCCAUGACGGUGUUUAUAAGCUCGUUGAUUUUUAUAUCCGGGAACACAGUAAGAAGAUAACAGAGGAGCAGAAGAUCCAAAUAUGCAAUUCCAUAGACUGCAACAAACUCUCUGCUGAAAUCCUCAUGGAAGCAGUUCAAAACCCCGUAAUGCCGCUAAGAUUCAUCGUCCGAGCCAUGUUGGUUGAGCAGCUCAACACCCGGCGCUGCAUUUUCUCCACCUCUCUCACACAAUCUCGCCAUCGUCCGCCUCCGCCGCAGGAAGACUGCAAAGAAGAAGGCCCAAUCACAUUGGGCGCCAUCCUCCAGCGCGAAGCAACGCUACGCGAAUCGGAGAGGCUCAAGGCAACACUGAACGCCACGAGCUUGAGAAUCCAAAGCUUGGAGGAAGAACUCAAUGGCAUGAAGAAGAAAUUGUUGGAUGAAUCUGAGAAACAGAGGAAAAGCAUAUCGAUGGGGUCUGGUCGGUCCUCGAGCUUCCAUAUUGGAACUGAAAAUAAGAUAACGAUUGGUGAUAAAAUGUCUGCUUCAUCGGCGAGCUUUCGAUUCUUUGCAAAAGGAAGAAAAAUGGAAGAAACUUCGUCAACGUCAUGUAGAGCUGGGACUCCGAGAUUAACCAAGAAGAUUAGCAGGAGAUUGAUUAAUGGAUUGAAGAAGGCGUUUGGUGUACAGAGUAAUGAAUUGGAUGAUUGUGCUGGUGAGAGUAAAACUUUGAACAAGGUGGAUAGAAAUGGACGCGAUCGGAGAUGUGAAAGAGUGUGAUUAAAACAGCAAGAGCUAUCAAACUCUGUUUCAACCUUAAUUAUAUUCAUCAAUUGAUAAUCAAAGAUCUUUGACUUUUUAAGUAUAUAUAGAAAAAUACAAAAUAGCCAUUUUUCUUUUCAAAAUUGUCAUUAUUUAUUAUUUCUGGUAAAUGUUUUCAUAAUUAUUAAUACUUUUGUCAAUGUGAGCUAGGAACGUUAUACAUUUCUACUUAACCUUUUUCUUUUUUCGUUUCGUUAAAUAAUAAUUAG